AUGGAUAUACUAUCCACUGUUCACCCUGGUGAUUCAGAUAAAUCUUUAGACUUUGGAUACCAUCUUGCGAGGAUCUACUUGGAUUUUCCUCGUUUUACCUCUCCUGAUUUCUUCGUUUUACCUCUCCUGAUUUUCUUCAUUGCUUUUGAUAAGAGAUCCAUGGAGGAGCUACUGUUUGCAAAGCACAUAAAUUGUGCUUUUGUUAAACUUGUGGCACAACCACAAUUUAUAUCCUGUAAAUGCAGGACUGUAACAGGGACUGGUUUUGGCAAGCUCUCUGGCUCUAUAAAAGGCAGAGCAGAGCAGAGCAGCAAGGGGGGAUGGGAAAAAAAAGCCACGAACGGCAGAGAACAGAAAAAACACAGGGACGAAAAAAGAGCAAAAAACAGAGAAACAGAGGAGGAAGAAGCUCAGGAGACCGAAAACACAAAAAAGAAAAAAAAAGAAACAGAGAAACAGAGGAGGAAGCAGCAGCAAUCGGGCAACCCUCCAUCACCAUCGUCAUCGUCUUCGCCUUCACCCCGCAGCCCCAACAGCUCUUUCACACCGCAGCUCCAGAGCUCCAUCUUCAGCAGCAACUGCACCAGAAACGGAGCAUUCCAAGAGAAGAUCACAGUAGAAACAAAGACGAAAGAAAAAGAGGAAGAAGCUCAGGAGACCGAGAACGAAAACACGAAGAAAGAACGAAAACAGAGAGAGAAAGACAUACAUUACAGAGAAAGAGAGACAGACACAAAAACGAAGAAAAACAAAGACAGAAAGAAAGGCAAGGGAAGACAAAGAGGAAAAGAAGAAGAAGCAGAGGAGAGAGUGCCCGUUCGACCAUCAACGUCACGUCUUCAUCGCCAUCGUCUUCGUCUCCAACAGUUACAGGUACUUGUUCAAUCUCAAGAAAAAAGGUUAAGAACAAGGCGCAUGUUGAAGCUUCGAUAUGCGAGGCCUAUAUUGUUGAGGAGAUCUCAACAUUUAUCUCGUACUAUUUUGAACCUCAUCUGAGAACGAGAAUCAAUCACGUUCUAUGACAUGAUGAUGGCGGUGAAGUGCCUUCCAGUGGGAACUUGUCAAUAUUCUCCAAUCCUGGACGACCCAUACCUAAAAAUAUCAUAAGAGGAAGAUAUUUGUCGGAAAUAGAGUUCAGACAAGCACACAAUUAUAUUUUAUUUAAUUGUGAUGAGUUGAGACCUUUCAUUCAGUAAGUAUAUAUAUGUGUACUACUAAUUAAACAUUGUUAAUAAUACACUGUUUAUAUAUUGUAAUAUCAUACACUCAUUAUCACUUGCA